CGAUUUCAAACGGUGUUAAAGAAUUGGAGUACGUUUCAAAGUUUCUAGACUACACACUUGGCUUCCUUAAGAAAGUAAUAUCACACCGCUCAGGAUAUUUGGGUCGGAACCGUUUCAAGUGCUUGGUAUCCACAUCAAAACCUGUCGCGAAGUCUCGUCGUGGAAACCAUAGCAACGCUUCUAACGGUUCUUCGACAAAGCCUGCUUUCUCGUCCCAAAAGGAGCUGUCUGGUCAUUCCUCUUGUCAACUCCUGGCGUUCCAGACCCCAAAGAAGACAAGUUCUUGUAUGCGAUUCAUUGGCGGGAGAUUUGAAGAACAGUUGAAAUGGCCGUAGUCACCACCCAACCCUUUGCCAUGGCGGGCAAUCAAAUCUUCCCGAUGGGACAACAAAAGCGGCCAUGGAGUCAGGGUCUUUGCGAAUGUUACAAGAAACCCCUCAUUUGUCUUUGUGGGCUCUGUUUGGGCCCCUGUUUAUUCUGCACGACUGUGGAUAAACUCGGAGAGAACGGGUUCAAAUACUUUUGCCUGUCUUAUUGCUGCGGUUGUCCCAUGGGCGUGGCGGCUCGAUCCUUGGCUCGUGAUAAGUAUAACAUAAUGGAUACCUAUUCUAAUGACGCGAUCAAUGCCACGUGUUGCGCACCGUGCAGCGUUUGCCAGAUUGCGUCCGAGAUUGAGAACAACAACUAUUGACACGGGUUGGAUGAAGAAUGCCAAUUAAUGUGAUAUGAUUGACCCUCUCUGUUUCCGAAUCAAAAAUCUUGACAGCCAUGUAUUUUUCUUUGAUCUGCGAUGUCUGAAAAUAAACAUACUUUUAAAGGGUG